AUGUUCAAGCCAACACAGGUGGCAUGCUCCAAAGCGAGCCGAUUGCCGCUCAACUCCAAGAAGGCCAACCGCGACUUCUACAAGGGUACACGCACAGGCAACAUCAUGGUGCGCAAACGUAUCGCAACCGCAGAUCCUCGCGGUAGGCAGCUGCUCGACAAGAACGGCAACGAACGAUACUGGCACCUCAAGACGAAGCGAAUCGACGAGGCAAGGGUUCCCAACUAUGUCGUCCCUCCAGGUCUGGCUGAGACCAAGCUGCGUCCGUACGUAUUCGUAGGAGCAGAAAGCGAAGGUGGUGUGUCGAGAAAGGGCAAGUUCGGUCUGCCAGAAUACCCAAGGAUGGACGCGAAUGGCUUCGACGGCACCUACUACCGAUCCGUCAUCGGCGACAUGCUCCAGAAGCGAAGGAUCAAGGAGCAGCAGGACGAGGACAGGAGGCUGGCUCAAUCGCCUCGCAGCUAG